AUGCCGAGCACUUCUACCAGGAUUUACACCUUUGGCCCCUUGAAGAUGCUGCUGCAGGAGCCCUGUCAGGAACUGGCUGCUGCCAAAGAUGGGGAGACAACUGAGUUGCUUCGGGCCGUGGCUGGAGAGGUGGCUGAGGAGCACGUGGAAGUCCUGAGCAUCUCAGAUUAUUUGUUAUCGUUGGUUUUUUGCUCCUUUUCAGGCAAAAAGCAGCACACUGAUCAAUCUGUUUUGGAGCAGGUAAAGGGUGAGGAAGAGGAGGAGAACACCUUGGAAGUGAGAGAGACUAAAGUUAAGGGCAAAAGUGGAAAAUUCUUUUCUGUGAAGCUGCCAUCUCCUUUGGCACCGGGCGCCAAGAUCCGUGUCUCUGUUGAAAUGGUUUUCACACACGUCCUGCAGCCCUACCCCACCCACAUCACCCAAAGUGAGAAGCAGUUUGUGGUCUUUGAAGGAAAUCACUAUUUCUACUCACCCUACUUCACCAAAACCCAAACGACUCGGGUCAAACUGGCCUCUAGGAACGUGGAGAGUUACACCAAGCUGGGAAACCCUUCCCGCACUGAGGACAUGAUUGAGUAUGGCCCCUUCAAGGACAUUCCUCCAUACAGCCAGGACACUCUGAAGGUGCACUACGAAAAUAACAGUCCCUUCCUGACCAUCACCAGCAUGACACGAGUCAUCGAGGUGUCCCACUGGGGCAACAUUGCGGUUGAAGAGACGGUUGAUUUAAAACACACAGGAGCAGUGCUGAAAGGGCCUUUCUCCAGAUAUGACUACCAGAGACAGCCAGACAGUGGGAUCUCUUCUGUCAAGUCUUUUAAGACCAUUCUCCCAGCUGCUGCUCAGGAUGUCUAUUACAGAGAUGAAAUUGGGAACAUCUCCACCAGCCACCUCCUUGUCCUGGAUGACUCUGUGGAGAUGGAGAUCCGUCCCCGAUUCCCGCUUUUUGGGGGCUGGAAAACCCAUUACAUCAUUGGCUAUAACCUGCCAAGCUACGAAUACCUCUACAAUCUUGGUGAUCAGUAUGCCCUGAAGAUGAGGUUUGUUGACCAUGUGUUUGAUGAGCAAGUUACAGACUCUCUGACUGUCAAGAUCGUCCUGCCAGAAGGUGCCAAGAAUAUCCAUGUGGACAGCCCCUACGAAAUCAAUCGUGCUUCGGACGAGCUGCACUACACAUACCUGGACACUUUUGGACGUCCUGUUAUUGUGGCACACAAGAGCAACCUGGUGGAGCAGCACAUCCAGGACAUUGUGGUCCACUACACCUUCAACAAAAUCCUGAUGCUGCAGGAGCCUCUCUUGGUGGUUGGAGCCUUUUACAUCUUGUUCUUCACUGUGAUUGUCUACGUGAGACUGGAUUUCUCCAUCACUAAGGAUCCAGCUGCUGAAGCUCGGAUGAAGGUUGCCUGCAUCACAGAGCAGGUGCUUACUCUGGUGAACAAGAGGCUUGGGCUGUACCGUCACUUUGAUGAAGCAGUGAAUAAAUACAAGCAAUCAAGGGACAUCUCCACCCUGAACAGUGGCAAAAAGUCUUUGGAGAUGGAGCACAAGGCCCUGACAAAUGAAAUAGCCUCUCUGCAGUCUAAACUGAAGACAGAAGGCUCUGACUUAUGUGAUAAAGUGAGUGAGAUUCAGAAGCUCGAUGGCCAGGUGAAGGAGCUCGUCCUGAAGUCGUCGGUGGAGGCCGAGCGGCUGGUGGCGGGCAAGCUCAAGAAGGACACGUACAUCGAGAACGAGAAGAUGCAUUCCAACAAGCGCCAGGACCUGGUCACCAAAAUCGACAACAUCCUCGACGCGCUGUAGCUCUGCUUUAGUGACCAUGUGGAGGGGAGAGAUUUUUCUGUAGAGCCUGUUUGCUCAGCAACACGUGCUGUGCAAGGGACCAUGCCAUCAUGCUGUUUGGCUGGGUAACAGGGUUUCUUUACCAGAGGUGAGACUCAGCCAGGUUAUGAAACAGUCUCCUGCUUUUGGUUUUCCCUGUAUAGAUGUGCUCUGGGUAAAUGCACACAACCAGCCAGUCUGAGCACAGACACCCUCAUGGCAAACCUGAAUGUCAAAUCUCUGGAAAAAAUAAAAGAUACCUUUGUUCUACUUUGAAAUAAAA